AUGUCUUUUCUCGAUCUAGACUGUGCAUAUGACAAAGACUCUGAAUGGCAACGAUCUCCGUGCGUCAUCAAGCAUGAUGUGCAAGCUUACUGCAAAGAGCUGAAUUGGAAACCGUCCUCUUUCUUCAAAACGAUAUGGGCAAUCGUCCUCAACAAAUAUACUACGUCCCAAGCCGUGACCUUUGCCGUACACAGCAAUGAAAUCCAUAAGGAAGCUCCAACAAUAUGUGACGUCUCAGUUGAGCCGCAAACUUCAAUUGUUGACAUUCUAGCGGAUUGUUCAUUGGGAACCACGUUCACUGAAACUGUACAAAGUCAAAUUCCUUGCAAUACCGGCGUUGUCUUUGAUAUGCAAGGUGAUGAAAUCUUUAAACCCAUUCCUCCAGUGCAAGUUCUUCUGCUUGUAAGCACGACUUCCUCCGAGCUAUGGCUGUCGUACUCGUCAAACAUCGCCUCGUCUCAUGCAGACAACCUUGUUUCUACUGUCGAACAGACCAUCGAAGAGGUCUUACGGCAUCCAAAUCAAACAGUCAAAGAGUUACAGCUGUUUAGUGAAAGAAACACUCUCCAAGUUCUUGAAUGGAACCGUCAUACUUUGUCAAGUGAGACAGUUUCAAUGGUUGACCUAAUCCGAAAACACGCAUCACAACGAGCAACCCACGAAGCUGUUUGUGCCUGGGACGGAUCACUCACGUACGCGGAACUGGAUAGUUUGACUACGCGGCUGGCCUACCACCUGCGGACAAUGGGUAUUGUAGAAAACGACAAAGUGUUGCUUGGCUUUGAGAAGUCAAUGUACGCCGUUGUCGCUUUUCUAUCUAUCCUCAAGGCAGGCGCCAUUUUUGUUCCUGUCAGUCCUUCUUAUCCUACAGAACGUAUGCAAGCAAUCAUCGAUGCAACUCAUCCUCGUCUUGCCAUCACGUUAUGCGACACCACCUCGGUCUUUGAGAAACUACAAGUGCCAGCCUUGGGCCUGAAUCAAUCUGUCAUUUCCGGCUUUUCUGUUGAAGACCAUGAUCCGCUCCCUGCAUCUAGCCCACAGCGCGUGGCAUACAUUUUGUUUACUUCCGGCAGUACUGGCCUACCCAAGGGUUGUGUCAUUUCAAAUCAAGCGCUGGGAACUAUGACCAGCCAAGGUCCACCAUUCCAAAUUUAUCCAUCCAGUCGCGUACUUCAAGUUGCUCCGAUUAUCUUUGCCGCAAGCUCCGUUGAUAUGUUCUUGCCCCUGCUCACUGGAGGUACCGUCUGCAUUGCUUCGAAACACGAUCUCAUGAACAACCUGGCAGCCUCGAUGAAGCAGUUCCGGAUAACAUGGGCCUGCAUGACUCCAUCCGCCAUCGCCUCUGUUGAUCCUUCGGAACUAUCAGGGCUACAAACUCUGGGCUUGGUUGGUGAGCCUGUAAGUGAGGACCUGCUCAAUAAGUGGGCAUCCUCAGUAGAUCUUCUGUCAGGCUACGGCCUUUCGGAGAUUGUGGGUGCCGGAUGCAUCUCUUCUCUCCAGGUCGGAAUGCAUCCCCGAAAUAUCGGUGUUUCGCCUACCGCACAUAUCUGGCUGGCAGAUCCGACAAACAUCAACAGACUUUCACCGGUAGGUGCUAUUGGAGAAGUGUUGAUUGACGGGCCAAAUCUUGCCAAUGGGUAUCUUGAUGACCCACAGAAGACGGCCAAUACUUUUAUUCAGGGACCCAGAUGGCUUCAAGAUUUCUAUCCGGGACCGAAUCGAUAUGUCCUUAGAACGGGCGAUCUGGCUCGAUAUCAUUCCGAUGGCUCCAUUGUGUAUGUCGGUCGCAAAGAUACCCAAAUCAAGAUACGGGGGAAGCGAGUUGAGCUGGGAGAGGUUGAAAGCGUGAUUCGCCUCCGCCAAGCACCCGACGAUGCUGUAAUUGUGGAAGCGGCAGCUCCGUUUGAUGGUGAUAGUACACCCAUGUUGAUCGGUUUUAUUCACACCUCUGGAGGUCAAUUGGCGGAUUCGUCCCUGCUUCUAGGAAGUCCGAGCCAAGAAUUUCGGCAGAAUACAUCGCGUCUUGAUCAGCUGGUCCGCGCUGUAUUGCCAGAAUAUAUGAUACCGAGCAUAUACAUACCACUCAAUCGCAUUCCAAAGACUGCCUCUGGAAAGACUGAUCGCCGCGCGCUGCGCCUUGAAGUCUCUGGUAUGACUAGGCAGCAGAUUGAACUGUACCACAAUUCAGGUGUUAAACCACAGGUUCGGCCUCAAACUGAUGCAGAAAAGUCUGUUCAUAAGCUGUUUUGUCAAAUCUUGAGGCGAGAUGAAGCUUCAUUUGGAGUUCACGACCAUUUUCUCCGAUUGGGUGGAGAUUCGAUCAAAGCUAUAAGUCUUGUACAGCUUUGCCGAAAAGUUGGGCUGGCUGUCAAUGUUGCUGACAUUAUGGAGUCUGGCACAGUCGCCCAGCUCGCCCAGAUGGCCAAUCGCUCACCCCAGUCUACACUCGAAAACGGUAUAUGGAGAUUUGAAGUCCCGACUACUGCUGUAAAAGAGCAAUUGACCGAUCUCGGUGUUGCUGCUCAAGAGGUGGAAGCUAUGAAUCCAUGCUCCUCGAUGCAGGAUGGCAUUUUGAUGAGCCAAUUGAAAAGCCCACAACAAUAUGCGCUGCGAGUUCUGUAUGAAGUACAGCUUUCCGAAAAACUGUCAACAUCGUCCUCCAAGGCGGACCUCGGUCGGCUUCAAAAGGCAUGGCAAUCAGUGGUUCAGAUUCACCCCAUGCUGCGGACAAUAUUCGUGACCAAUGUCACACCCAGUGUGUUUGCGGUGCAGGUUCAGUUGAAGAAUGGCUCCAUCCCGCGUAUUCAUGAAGUCGAUGAUAACUUGCAACCGAGCAAUAUUUUCGACCAGCGCCAGGACUGUCAGCCUCCAAGCACGCUUCCUCAGUUCGAUCUAUACGUCACUCCAAGUGGGCGAAUCAUCCUCGAGCUUGAACUAUCCCAUGCAGUUGUUGAUGGAAUGUCUAUGUCAAUGAUAGUUCGAGAUCUAUGCAGAUUCUAUGACAACCCGAGCCCUUCUCUCUCUGUGUUUGACUUCGCCGACUAUGUCCAAUAUCAGCAAAAUGUUCUCACGGAUGAUUCUUUGGUCUACUGGAAGCAAUACCUUGAUUGCAUGGAACCAACCCAAUUCCCAACAGCCAGCGAUGGUACUUCAGAUCUGUCUAAGUCGUCCAGUCAAACAUCUCAAUUCAAGGCUUUGUCUGUGGAUGUUGGCUCGGUUGCAGAAUAUCGAAAGUUCGCUCAACAAACUGGAACAACUGUGGCAAAUGUUGUCAAGCUGGCAUGGUCCCUUGUUUUGCAAACAAUGUGUCGCACUGACGACGUAUGUUUUGGGUUUCUGGCUACGAGCCGUGACGCACCUGUUGAAGGUAUAUUGGAAGGUGUUGGGCCUCUGAUCAAUUUGAUUGUGUUUCGCCAGCAGCUUGAUAAUCAAUCGACGGUGGAACAAGUCUUGCAAUCCAUUCAGGCCGAUUUCAUCUCUAGUCUGCCGCACAAAGGCAGUUCUUUGAGUGAUAUUCGCCGGACUUUAGACUUUUCAAGUGACGAGGUCAUGUUCAAUACGUGCAUUAGCCAUUUCCCCGCCACCGCCGACGAUGGAGCAGACGAGUUGCCAAUUCUACUUCACGAAGUCGGGCGGCAAGAUCCCACGGAGUUUGAUCUUUCUCUUGAGAUCAUGGAAUCUGAGGAUGAGAUUGAAGCAACUAUCAAGGCCUAUACUGGGCGCGUUCCAUUAGAGCAGAUGGAGCGGGUAGCGGCGCUCUUCGGACACCUGAUGAAGACCAUUCCCCAGAGCUCAGGUCGCCUGAUAGGAGAACUGGAGUUAGUUCCCCCGGAACAACUUGCCACAAUCCGACAAUUGAAUCGAGGUAUCAAUAACCUUCCUAUCGAUGCAUGUGUUCACGAUAUCAUCCUGCGACAGUGCCAAAGUCAACCUCGGUCGCCAGCUAUCUGUGCUUGGGAUGGAGACUGGACUUAUGGCGAAUUAGAUUACGUCUCAUCAUGUCUAGCAGAAGAGAUACAGUCACAGGGUGUUACGCUAGAGUCCUUUGUGCCUGUCUUGAUGGACAAAAGUCGCUGGGUACCUAUUGCUUUACUUGCUAUCCUCAGGGCCGGAGGUGCUUUUGUUCUCCUAGAUCCUACACAGCCAGUCCAGCGACUCAAGGAUAUCUGUAUUGACCUAAAUCCUACCACUAUUUUGGUCUCACCGGAAUACCAAGCAACUGCCAUCCCGCUUGUCAAUACCGUUGUUGUUGUUAACAACGAGCAUUCUCGGAUCCUUGAAACAGACCUUGGUGAGACUCACAAGGUAGCCGCUCACCCAGGAAAUGCAGCAUACGCUGUCUUUACUUCUGGAUCGACGGGAAAGCCAAAGGGCGUGGCAAUCACUCAUCGUUCUCUGUGUACUAGUGCGGCCGCGAUGAUGGAGCAUUUGCCCAUGACAAGUACGACGCGAAUGCUCCAAUACGCCUCACAUGCAUUUGAUGUGAGUGUUUUGGAUCUCACAGUUUGUCUCAUGGCGGGAGGUUGCCUAUGCAUUCCGUCAGCUGGGGACAGGCAAAAUCGACUAACAGAAAGUUUGAAUGACUUUUCUGUGAGCCUCGUCGCUCUCACUCCCACUGUUACUCGCACUAUACAGCCAGAACGAUUGACUACCCUGAAAACUUUGAAGGUCAGCGGAGAGGCGCUUUCAUCCUUUGACAUUCAACGAUGGAAGACUGCAGCACCCCACAUUCAAAUCGUCAACAUGUACGGCCCUGCAGAAUGUACAAUCAACUCGACUGUUCAAGGUCCUGUUGAGCUAGAAUCGUAUCCUUCGAACAUUGGAUAUCCGUUGCGGAGUGCCACCACGUGGGUAGUCAAUUCCAAGAACCAUCACAAAUUACUCCCAAUGGGGGCCGUUGGUGAACUAGUGAUCCAAGGACCUGUUGUCGGGCGUGGCUACCUGAACCGCGCCGAGCAGACAGCUGCAUCAUUUAUUGCGCCACCAGAUUGGUUGAGGCAAUUCAUGCCAGCAGUCUCCGACGAUGAGAGACUUUACAAGACUGGGGAUCUGGUUCAGUAUGCUGCAGAUGGCUCGAUGCAUUACAAGGGACGCAAAGACUUUCAAGUCAAGCUCCGCGGACAACGACUUGAGCUAGGUGAAGUUGAGGCGCAACUUCGUCGCGUAUUCCCUAAUGCCUCUGAUGCUAUCGCUGAAGUGGCAUAUUUGAACCAAGGUAAAACAUCAGCCUUGGUUGCAUUCAUCCACCAAGCCGCCUGGGAUAGUGACUCGAGCUCGGAUCCAGCUACAGAACUUGGAGUUGAAAGUACCAAUCUCGAUUUACUUCAUGCUCCUUGUAAAGCAUUUGAUCAGGCAGUCGCACACGCGAAGGUUCUGAUGGCUGCUACUCUUCCAAGCUAUAUGGAGCCCAGUAUCUAUUUACCACUCAUUCAUGUCCCCAGAUCUCGAAGUGGUAAGGCUGACCGCGGUCGACUCCAACAAAUAGUCAUCUCCGGACUCCAUGAGCGCUGGACUGGUGGCGCAAGUACAGUCCCUAUGUCACAGCGGAGGCCGAUUACAGAAAUGGAAGUCACUUUGUGCUCUGCUGUUGCUGGGGCUUUAGGACUGUCAGAGGCCGAUGUCAGUGCCGAAGACAGUUUCUUCCGGCGUGGAGGCGACUCGGUGGCAGCGAUGAUGUUGGUCGGAAGUUUACGAGAGCAAGGUUGUCAUCUCACCGUCGCAGACAUAUUUGCGAACCCAAAGUUGGAUAUUCUCGCUACCAAGAUAAGCCGUGUGCUUCCCUCAAGUGUUGUCAAGGUCCCCCUGCCAUUUUCCCUUCUUGGGGAUAAUGAAGACUCCAAUAAAGCGAUCAUCGCACAAGCGAUGACGCAGUGUGAUGUCGCACAGAAGGAGAUUGAGGAUAUUUACCCCUGCUCGCCACUCCAACAUGCCUUCUUCAUGUUCAGCAGCACCCGGGAGAAAGGUACUUUAAUUGCACGAUUUGCCUAUGAUCUAUGGCCCGAAACGGAUCUUGGUAGGCUGCAAAAAGCCUGGUAUGAGACCACAAAAGCGCAUCCGAUGCUACGAACAAGAAUCAUCCAAGUGGAAGGUAAAUCCAACCUACAUCAGGCGGUUCUCGGUCAUGCGACAGAAAUUGAGUAUCAUGACUCGGAUGAGCUAGAUUAUGUCCCUGACCUGCCAAUUGAAGUUGGUCCUGGUAAACCACUCCUACGAAUUGCUGUAUUGCGCAGAUCAUCUGCACAACACCAUCACCGGCUUGUGAUUACCUUACAACAUUCCUUGUACGAUGGAUGGUCUCGGGCAUUAUUGAUGCAAGAGCUUGAGCGAGCCUAUUCUGGCGUCGCCUUGCAGCCUUUGCCGGUUUCCCCAUUCAUCGGGCAUCUCGAUCAAACCAAUGAGGGAGCCCUGCAAUUUUGGACAUCAGAGCUCAGAGAUCUUCAAAGCACGAUCUUUCCUCAAGUUCCGUCCGCUUAUACGCCUCACCCAAGUGCAACAUUGGUUCAACAUGUAAAAAUCCCCAAACUUGUAUCGCCCCAAAUCACACUUUCGACCAAAAUUCGCUGGGCAUGGGCCCACGCAAUAUCGCUCCAGACUAGCAACUCCGAGGUUGCAAUGGGCUUGGGAACAGCCGGACGAGGCACUCCAGUUGCGGGAAUCGAGAGAUUGGUGGCGCCAACAAUGGCGAUCUUCCCCUAUCGAAUCCAUAUCAGUCCGAAACAGAAGGUGAUCGACGCUCUGCAAGAAUCUCAAGCCCAUUAUAGCCAAAUCCUUCCACACGAGCAUUAUGGCACGCCAAAUAUCUGUCGCGCUGCGACAGGCCCGACCUCCCCGGCCGCACUCCAAACUCUUUUGAUUGUUCAGCCGCAGGGGGAGCAAAACCCUUCCUCGCUGUAUUUCGAAGAAGAGAUGCUUCCUCAGACUGGGGCUUUCCACGUUCGUGCGCUGACCUUACACUGUCACCUUCAAGAAAGUUCUGUCGAGACUGUUGCGUGCUAUGACGACAAACUCAUUUCAGAGAAUAAAAUGCUUGAAGUACUUUCUAUGUUUGAUUUGAUCUUCCAACAAGUGUGUCAGGAGCCUAGCAUUCCUGUUCGGGAGUUGAGGGCCUAUUCAGCUGAAGACUGA